CAUGAACUCAAUAUCUUAUCUUUAAUCGAAACCUAUAUAAAGAACAUUACAAGUCCUUAAUUUGAACCUUACAUUUAACAGCGGAAGAGAAAUUACUUACAACACACGACAUGAACACAGCUUUAGUAUUUUUUGCAACAGCCAUUUUCGGAGUUACCGGUACCCAGGCCACGAUUUGCAUGGUGGAUAGCGAUUGCGGUACUGGGCAAUGCUGCUUCAUCAAGCCCGCGUUUGAAGUGGUCAGCAAGAAACGCCAGUCUAUACUUCCGGCCAUCAUGCCCACUACCAGUGACUACGGUGUUUGCGAGAAUUACCACGUUGCCAACAGUUACUGCGACUCUUUGGAGACACUGAACGGUCACUGCGGCUGUAAACCGGGUACUUCCUGUCAGUUUGUACCCGUGAGGGCCAGGAGCUCAGAGUACCAAAUUCAAGCCCGAACCAUCUACUAUAAAGGACCCGGAUUCUAUAAGUGCGUGGCACACAGUCCGUGAAUCUUAUAUCAUUUCUUUCGUAUAAUUGUUGUUCUGAAAACAUGAAUAAACACGAAAUAAUGCAAA